AUGUCUCUGACCAGGGCUGAGAGGACCAUCAUCGUGUCCAUGUGGGGCAAGAUCUCCACACAGGCAGACAUCAUCGGCACCGAGGCCCUGGAGAGGCUCUUCUCCAGCUACCCCCAGACCAAGACCUACUUCCCGCACUUCGACCUGCACGCGGGCUCCGCGCAGCUGCGCGCGCACGGCUCCAAGGUGGUGGCCGCCCUGGGCGACGCGGUCAAGAGCAUCGACAACGUGGCGGGCGCCCUCUCCAAGCUGAGCGAGCUGCACGCCUACGUGCUGCGCGUGGACCCGGUCAACUUCAAGCUGCUGUCCCACUGCCUGCUGGUCACGGUGGCCUCGCAUUUCCCAGCCGACUUCACGGCCGACGCGCACGCCGCCUGGGACAAGUUCCUGUCCAUCGUGUCCCGCGUCCUGACCGAGAAGUACCGCUGAGGAUACCUCCCGACCCCCAGGGCAGGCUUCGAGCCCUCCCCUUCCCCUGCACCCUCUUACGAUUCCA